AUGCGGUUUGGCGAGUUCGAUCAGAAGGUGUGGUUUGCCAUAUUAAAGCUGUCGUAUAAGGCCUCUGAGUGGAGUGAGGCGAAGGAGCUUGUAAGUCUGUAUGAUUACCAUGCAUUAUACUACAGAGCUACAGAGAGCGUCAAGGCUCUUAUCAACCCUUCUGGUAUCCUCUCCUUUUCCUACUGCCUCUCUCGAUUGAAGCCGCAACUGGCAAAGGAGUUACCGAUGAGGACGGUAGCGAUGGCCCAGGCUGAAUGGUGCCUCAAGCGGAAGGAGGAGUUUGCCCCAUACGAGUGGGAUCGGAUAAAGUCAUGGUUGAGGUCUAAGAAUGGCUAUCAUUGUGGACGGAGGUAUGCGGUUGAGAUGUCACAGUAUAAAAAACUGACUAGAGGUCCCAAGCUGAGGCUCACCGCUGCAUGA